UCACGUUUUCCCCUCAAGAUCGAACGUUAUCAGACCUCACCAUCCAUUUGUCACUCACUUCCUGGCACGUACAAUUUCCAUCUACAUGCUCUGUACGGAGCCUUGAAAUGUGAGAUCUGAACGCAUUUCACUGCCAGGUACAUUUAUGUGUACAGCCAUUCUCCUCUUUCACCCGAACAGCCUGCUGCUGAGCAUGAACAGGCCAGGCCAUCGCAGGGAUUGCGCUCUUCAUCCGAGCGAUUACUUUCGAGACUACCCCUAAAUCCCUAAGACCCGUCAUUACUCGUCAGCCACGGGAUUUGGGAAGAUUUACAGUCCCUUGGCCCAACCGCAAGGGCUCACGGGUAACAUGAACAACGUCGGCAGUGGCGCCGGCGCUGCUGAUGGCAACCAGAGUGACUGGUCGCGAGCCCUGCAUCAUCCACAACCAGCCUCGUCUGCCAGCGCAGACACUUCUGCGGCUUCGGCACCCAGCAAGAAGAAGCCGUCUCGCCGACGAACGGGCGCCUCCAGCCCCAAGAGACGAUGCGUCAGUACUGCCUGUAUCGCGUGCCGCAAGCGCAAGUCCAAGUGCGAUGGCGCGGUCCCGAGCUGCGCAGCCUGCGCGAGCGUGUACGGCACAGAGUGCGUCUAUGAUCCCAACUCGGACCAUCGGCGAAAGGGCGUGUACAAGGACAAGGCCGACAGCAUGAAGGCGCGCAACUCCACCCUGCAGAUCUUGAUCGAGGCGAUCCUGAACGCAUCAGAGGACGAGGCGUUUGACAUUGUCAGGAAGAUUAGGACGUGCGAUAGUCUUGACUCGGUGGCAGAGGGUCUUCUAACUCAAGGUCCUGAGAAUGACCAGAUGCCCUCCGAAGGGUCCGACGACGACGUGGAUGGCGACGCUCGUGCUGCUGAGACCGGAAACGCCAUUGAUGGUGAGAGGGCGCUCGCCCGCAAGAUGGGCGAGCUGCGUCUGGAGAAUGGAUCGGUGCGCUUCAUUGGCGGGACGUCGCAUCUCAUCUAUCUCAGUGAUCCCCAAAGCGGCCUGAACGACGAGCCCCUGGCUGACGAGUGUGAUCCUGGGGCGGACGCUGUUGCGACCUGGACACGCGUGACGGACGACGCGCCCCUCAUCAGUAUGCUCAUCAACAAGUACUUCAACUACCACUACCCUUACUUCACGACGCUGUCCCGGAAAAUGUUUGAGAGGGACUUCCUCAAAGGAAGCCUGGAGGUUGCGCGGGAACAGAGACAGGGGGCGACUGUCCACUGCUCUGCGUUGCUCGUUAACGCCAUGCUCGCGCUGGGCUGCCACUUCACAGACGUGCCGGGCGCCUAUGCAGUCCCCGGGGACAGUCGCACAAAAGGCGACCAUUUCUUCGCGGAAGCCAAGCGCCUCAUCAUCGAGAAUGGCGAGUACGAGCGACCUCGGCUGGUGACGGUGCAGGCCCUGGCGCUCAUGUCCGUCCGCGAAGCCGGCUGCGCGCGGGAAGCCAAGGGCUGGGUCUACAGCGGCAUGAGCUUUCGCAUGGCGCAGGACAUUGGGCUGAAUCUGGAGAUUGACAACAUGGAAAGGGAGAGAAUGCCGGAGCACGAGGUUGAUGCCCGGCGGAUCACGUUCUGGGGCUGCUUCCAGUUCGACAAGGUCUGGUCCAACUAUCUCGGGCGCUUGCCGCAGUUGCCAAAGGGCUCCUUCAACGUGGCCAAGUUCGACGUGUUCCCGGAGGAGGAUGCUGAGAUGUGGUCGCCCUUCCCGGACACUGGGUUCGACGACGAGUGGGCGCAGCCGGCACGCACCAGAGCAGUGGCUCUGCAACUGUCCGAGCUCUCUGAGAUUAGCAGCGAUCUCUUGAUCUUCUUCUACCAUCCCAACCACAUUGGCCGGUCAAGCGGCAAGGCCGUCGAGUUAAAGAAGCUGAGCGAGCUGCAUCGGCGGCUUGAAGAGUGGCGGCAGAAGCUGCCCAAGGAGUUGGAGGCCAAGGAAGGCCAGCUGCCCAAUGUCAUCCUCAUGCAUAUGUUCUUUCAUCUGCAGUACAUUCACCUCUUCCGGCCAUUCCUCAAAUACGCUCCCUCAGCCUCCCCUCUGCCAGUCCACGUAUCACCUCGCCGCAUCUGCACAGCCAACGCGGGCGCCAUAUCGAAGCUCAUGCGGCUGUACAAAAAGACGUGGAACAUGCGGCAAAUCUGUAACAUUGCCGUGUACAUGACGCACUCGGCGUGUACCAUUCACCUGCUGAACCUGCCCGAGCGUACGGCCCGUCGAGAUAUCAUCCACGGUGUGAAACACCUCGAAGAGAUCGCGGAGGACUGGCCGUGUGCUCGUCGUACGCUGUGUAUCCUCAGCGUCCUGGCUCGCAAGUGGGGAUGCGAGUUGCCCGAAGACGCGGCAUUCGUCUUGCAAAGGACAGACGAGAAAUACGGAUACUACAGCACGUCUGAAGUGCCGUCACCUCAUGCGCAGCAGGGAAGGGCGGCAAACACUUUCGAAAGGGGUUCCGCGCCACGUGGUGGCCACGCCAGGGCACAGGGUCAACCUGUAGAGGCUUGUGUGAGCUUGAAUCCCCAGGUCGAGGCGUUGGUGCAGCAACACCGCCAAUCGCAACCACAGUCACCUCAGGCACAAGUCUUGCCUCACGACAUGGGGUUCUCUACGCCAUCACCAUUGGCGUCUUGGCCUACGGGACUGUCGCCAGUCAACGAUGCCCGCUACGCUGGAUUCGCUGCGAACACGCGCACGCCGGAGGACCAGGAGCUGCCAGCUGGAGCGGCCAUGGCAGCAAGUCGACCUCAAAUGUCUCCGACAGGUGUGAGCAUCGACGGCCACGACUGGUUUCUCAACGACAGCGCUCGUUGGCAACAGAGCUUUGAGACCUGGGACCUGGGCGCUGGCGGACCUAUGCCCCCCGGCCAGCCUGACGCCGCAGGCGGUGUCUACGUCUUUGGGGAUGUCACUGGUGGCGGUGUCAUACCAGAUGGUGGGCAGGGCCAGCCUCAGCAGCGAUCAGCACAGCAUGGUGACGAGGCUGAGGGCGUCUUCGACGGCCUGGGGGCUUCGCUGAACGGCGGCGGGUGGCUGCCUGGUUUGGACUGAUGGAUGGACGAAGGUCAGGGGAUUUCCGAUGGAAUGUAGGAACGCAACAUGCAGUGCCGGUGUAAUUCAUGACGACACGAAAAGUACAAGAAAAGAUACCUCUUUGCUACUGAAUAUACAUACGUUCUUCAAGGCUGUGAGAAUAAUGAGCAGAAUU